ACUAAAACAAACAAGAUGACGGUGAAAUGGAGCGAUCUGGGUUUGGCCUUCUUCAUCGUGCUGUCCCUGGUGAUGACAGGAUGCUUCUUCUGGCAAUAUCAGAUGCCAAAACUUCUGCCAGAUGAAGGGAGGGGUCGCAAUGCCGAGUCAGAGAUGAUGUGUCCUCGCUUCCCCGAGCCUCUCCAGCUGGAGCAUCCUAUCCCUAGCCUGAAGGAGGCUCUGGAAAAGGUGGAUGCUUUGCUUCGACAGACCGUCAAUCCUGUCAGCCUUCCCUCACUGUCAGCCAUCGUGAUCUUAAACGACACUGUUUUGUGGACUGGUAACUUUGGAAAAAGGAAUAGCAGUGACCCUCUCUCAGGUGCCCCAAAUGAGUACACAAUUUACAGAAUUGCAAGCCUAUCCAAAAUCUUCCCGACCUUGAUGCUGUACAAACUGUGGGAGGACGGGAAGAUUGGCUCCCUGGAUGACCCUCUGGAGAAAUACGUGGAGAACUUUACCAUCAAAAACCCCCUGGGGAAGUCGCGGGACUCAGAGCUAAAGUACGUGACAGACGGUCUGAUAUUUCUUGACAGUGGGGAGGUUCAGAUCCGCUCCUCCUCAGUCACUCUGCGCAGGAUGGCCAGCCAGCUCUCAGGCUUACCCAGGAGACUCCGGGCCACAAGCCUGCUUUGGAAAGGAAAAACACAAACUGCAAUUAAUCUGCUUCAAGAUGAUGUCCUCGUCGCAGACCCAGGCACUAAAUGUCAUUACAGCAACCUCGCCUUCUCACUGUUGGCUCAUGUGAUGGCCGAGCGAGUGGCUGCCGUGGACUACCAGCGCUGGAUCACAGACAACAUCCUGGAUCGGCUGGGUAUGGAGGACACUGGCUUCGACAUCACCCCAGGGCUCCAGAGCCAGGUGGCCGUGGGAGUGUACUCCAACGGGAAGCCGGCGCCGCUCUACGACCUGGGCUGGUACCGGCCCUCAGGUCAGAUGUUUUCCACUGCUGCAGACAUGGCCAAGCUCGCUAUGAUGCUGCUGGGCGCAUAUCACCGCAAGAUGCUAGAGCCAGACUCAUUGAAGAUCAUGCUGACCCCCCUCUUCAGGUGCGAAAAGGACUACUUUGCCAACCGUACUGGGACGCCAUGGGAAGUGAAUGAGUUCAUGGGCUACGAGAUGGUUCGUAAAGAUGGUGAUCUGGACGGGUACUCUGCCACCUUCUCCCUGGUGUCAAAACUGAAGCUCGGUCUGGUGGUGUUAAUGGCUGGUAGCCGGUCUGAGAAGCAGGACCUGGUCACUAAGGCCUACUCCUACAUCAUACCAGCUAUAGAAAGAGCCUUUAGGGAUGCUACGAAGGUCCUUAAUCCUCCGCCAAAACCAGAACCUUACAUCGGCUUUUUCACCUACAGCAACAUCACCUUCUAUGAGAUCAAAGUCGGGCCAGACGGCGUUCUGAUCAUGCAACAGUUUGGGCCUCAAAUUGAAGAGCUGAUCCCAGAGAAGUACAGGACAAUAAAGCUGAACUACCUGGUGGACCGGGUGUUCAGAGUUGUUUUUGAAAAAGAGUACCCUUGUGUUUUGCAAGUAGGCACAGCCUCAGUGUCCCUGGAAGCCCAAGAUGGCCAGCUUUUUAACUUCUACAUAUUUGACAAGCGUGGUUUGUCCCCUGGCUUCGAUGCACCAGGACUUAACACGUAUAAUGUGGUAAGAAUAGCCCGCAGACCGACUUUCUCGAGCUGA